AUGCCUUCCUUGAAAUUCUUCCUGUUGUUUCUUGUUCAGAUCUAUCUUGUUAGUUUUCUUACCGGUUUGACAAGUGCAGCUGACCCAACAUACCUUUAUCACGAUUGCCCAAACGCAACAACUUUUUCCAGAAAUAGCACCUUUCAAUCCAACCUUAAUUUUUUCCUUUCUUCACUUGUCUCUAAUGCUAUCCGCAGCAAUGGAUUCUCCAACGGUUUCUACAACGCCAACGCAGGCCAAGACCCUAAUAAGGUCUAUGGUCUCUUUCUUUGCCGUGGUGAUGUCAGUCCCACCACCUGUAGAGACUGUGUCAAUUUUGCUACCUCAGAUGCUCUUAAACUUUGUCCCGUUCAAAAAGAUACUGUAAUAUGGUACGACGAGUGCCUUUUUCGCUACUCAAACGUGUCUAUCUUUUCUACUAUGGACGCUAGCCCAAUGAUUUUGCUGUCCAAUGUAAAUAAUGUUACAGAACCAGCCCGGUUUAAGCAGCUACUAGGGAAUACAAUGAACGAAGCAGCAACUCAGGUUGGUGAUUCUUUUAAAAAAUUUUCUACAAGAAAGGGAAAUUUCACAACCUUUCAAACACUGAACUGUCUCGUACAGUGCACACCAGACCUAUCAAGUCUUGAAUGUGAUAGUUGUCUUCAACAAUCUUUUGAAGGUUUGCUGUCUGAUACGGUGGGAGGAAGAAUUUUGUUUCCAAGUUGUUAUAGCCGGUUUGAGUUGUACCCGUUUUAUAAUGAAACAGCUACUGCCGCACCGCCACCGCCACCGACGCCUGUGCUCUCUCCUCUACCUCCUGUUUCUGUAGCUAGCCCUGAAGGAAAAAGCGGAAUUUCAUCUUCAAUAAUCAUAGCCAUCAUUGCUCCAAUUGUUGUCGCUGUAGUGCUUUUCAUAGCCGGCUAUUGCCUCCUAAUUAGGAGAGCAAGAAAGAAGAAUAGCCCUAUACCAGAAGAUAAUGCUGGAUAUGAUGAUAUUACAACCGUAGAGUCCUUGCAAAUUGAUUUGGGGACAAUUGAAGUAGCCACAAAAAAAUUCUCAACUCAUAACAAGCUGGGCGAAGGUGGAUUUGGUGAAGUUUACAAGGGCAUACUUCCUAAUGGACAAGCAAUAGCUGUAAAAAGGCUAUCAAGCAGCUUUGGACAAGGGGCAGAAGAAUUUAAGAAUGAGGUUGUAUUGGUAGCCAAGCUUCAGCACAGAAAUUUGGUUAGAAUACUGGGAUUUUUCUUGGAGGGAGAGGAAAAGAUUCUCGUCUAUGAAUUUGUGACGAACAAAAGCCUUGACUAUUUUCUCUAUGGCCCUAAAAGACAAGCAGAAUUGGAUUGGUCAAGACAUUACAAAAUAAUUAGAGGCAUCGCCCGAGGAAUGCUUUACCUUCAUAAGGAUUCUCGAUUAAGAAUUAUACAUCAUGAUCUUAAAGCUAGCAAUAUAUUGUUAGAUGGAGAUAUGAACCCAAAAAUUUCUGAUUUUGGCAUGGCAAGGAUAGUUGGAGUUGAUCAAACUCAAGUGAUUACAAACAGAAUUGUUGGGACAUAUGGUUACAUGUCUCCAGAAUAUGCUAUGCAUGGGCAAUUCUCAGUGAAAUCCGAUGUGUAUUGUUUCGGUGUCCUAGUACUAGAGAUCAUUACUAGCAAGAAGAACAUCAAUUUCUAUCAAACAGAUGGUGCUGAGGAUCUCAUGAGCCAUGCUUGGAAACAUUGGAGGGAUGGGACACCGUUGCAAUUGUUAGAUUCAACUUUGACAGAGUCUUACUCGAGAAAUGAAGUGAUUAGAUGCAUCCAUGUGGGGUUGUUAUGUGUCCAGGAAGAUCCAACUGACAGACCCACAAUGGUAACAGUAGUUCUAAUGCUCAACAGUUACUCUGUUACUCUUCCAGCACCUCAACAACCAGCAUUUUUCCUUGGUAGUAGAAGGGAGGCUAGCAUGGCAACAAAGGAUUUUGACUUUGAUCAAUCUAAAAGCAAGUCAAUGCCAUGGUCUAUUGAUGAUGCAUCAAUUACCGAAGUAUAUCCUUGA